AUGAAGGAACAGAUUUUCUGCGCGAUCCCAGAAGGAGUCGAAAUUGAUGAAGACUUGGACUGCUUUGAACUGGUCAAGGCGAUCUACGGACAAAAACAAGCAUCGCGCGUAUGGAACGAGACUUUCCAUGAGUUUGUCUGCUCCAUUGGAUUUCAAGUAUCCGAUUUUGACCCGUGUCUUUAUCUCAAGAUUACAAGUGGCGAGUGCGUGCUUUUGCUGGUAUACGUCGAUGAUGUGUUGGUGACUGGCAGCUCGACUGAACUGAUCAUGCGCACCAAGAGUGACUUAAAGGCGCGCUUCAAAAUGACUGACAGCGGCAAGUGCGCAUUCGUGUUGGGCAUCGAGCUGGUGGACAACGACAACGGUAGCGUGACGAUGUGCCAGCGACGCUACGUGGAAUAUGCUCUCAAGCACUUUGGCAUGACCGACUGCAAAUACAUCACCAGCCCAACAGACAUCAGUUCUCGACUCAUACCAAGCACCGCAGCAACCACAAUCGACGCCCCGUUUCGUGAAGCAGUAGGCGCUUUGAUGCACUUGAUGACCGCGACACGACCGGACAUUGCCUUUGCUGUGAGUUACGUUUCGCGCUUCGUGGAAAACCCCCAAGUUGAGCAUUGGAUGGCGGUCAAGCGCAUUUUGCGAUACUUACAAGGGACUAAGUCGCACGGUAUCUGUUUCAAGUCUGAUGACAAGAUAGACUUCUGCGGCUACUCGGAUGCAGACUGGGCCGGCGACCAUGCAGACCGAAAGUCGACUUCGGGAUAUGCGUUCAUCCUGAUGGGUGCCCCAACAAUCGAAGCAGAGUACAUUGCACUAAGCCUGGCGAUUCAAGAAGGCAAGUGGGUACAUCGCCUAUUAUGCGAGAUUCUGAAUGCCGCAGAGGAAAAGUCCGGACCCGAGCUCAAGAUCAUGGAAGACAGUCAAUCUUGCAUCAAGAUGACGAGAAAUCCUGUGAACCAUGGUCGGGCCAAGCACAUCGACAUCAAGUACCACCACAUUCGCGAUGAAGUCAAGCGUGGUGAUGUCAAGUUGGAGUACUGUGAGACUACGACUAUGUUGGCGGACAUCAUGACGAAGGGACUGCCAGGACCGCGUCACAAGGAAUUGACGGCAGCGCUCGGUAUACACGCGUGUUCGCAUUGA